UUAUUCAAUGCAUUGGAUUUCAGACGGAAAGCUGUGAGCGAGUGGUUCAUUCUGUUGCGCUCCGGAAAUGAAUGUUUCUUUCGUUAUUAUUUUCAAUUAUUAGCCUCGAAUGCAAUGGAGAGCUUCUUUGUUUACCUUUGCAUCAUUCUUCUGUGCUGCAUAUUAAGUGAAAGUCAUGUUUGUGUGCACAAACCUCCGCAGAAUAAACAGGUAAAAUAUGGAGUUCCGCUAUCUUCAUCGAGUCACCGCAAUGAAAGGAGUACAGCUCACAAGCUCAGUGUUCAUGUGGAAUAUGAUGUUUCAAUUAAUGCUCUUUCUAUCAGAGAAUCAUCACUAAUUAAGGGACUCAUGCCCGAAGCCCUUGAUUUUGUGUCCGAACUGCUAAGUGUAAAACAAAGUCUUUCAACAGUUCUACUUAACAGACAAUGUGCUGGAGAACACUAUGCAAAGAAGCCUGAUGGUCAUGAAUACUGUAUAGGAGGAUGUGAUGAUAACACAAUGUGUGGUCCUGUAACAAUACCUCAACAUCAUUUACAGAUCUGUUAUGCAUGCAAUGCAGACCAGACAGUAUGUGGUCCAGUUAGUAACAGCAGCUCGGCAGGCGCAGGAAUCAGUAAUACAGACUUCAUACUGUAUGUGAGUGCAGUGGCCACACAUGACUGUGGAGGAGCAGAUAUGAGUGCUCAUGCUUCCUACUGUCAGCUAGAGGCUCAAUUGGACAGACCUAUUGCAGGUUAUAUCAAUCUUUGUCCUCAUCACUUGGCUACAGAGCUGUCUAAACACUACACUCUACUUACUACUAUUCAGCAUGAAAUUAUCCACGCCUUGGGUUUCUCUGCUGCCCUCUAUGCGUUUUAUAGAGAUGGGAAUGGUCAACCUUUGACACCUCGUCUAUCAUCAGGCCUCCCAGAAUUCAAUGCAACGCUUGGUCUGUAUCAGUGGAGUGAGAAUGUGAUCCGGUCGGUGACUAGAACAGAUUGGGACGUCAGCCAAGGACAGAUAGAUUACACUGUCAAGAUGCUUGUCACCAGGAAAGUUGUGGAGGAAGCUCGAGCUCACUUUCAGUGUCCCUCAUUAGAGGGUAUGGAGGUUGAGAAUCAUGGAGGUACAGGAACCGAGAUCACACACUUUGAGAAGAGAUUACUAGCAAAUGAAGCUAUGACUGGAACACACACCCACGAGAGGAUCUUCUCCCGUCUAACCUUAGCCGUGAUGGAGGAUACAGGUUGGUAUGUACCCAACUAUGACAGGGCAGAUCCACUGCACUGGGGACAGAACCAAGGAUGUCAGUUUGCCAAGAAGAGCUGCAAAUACUGGAUGGAUACAAGAGAAAACAGUGGUGAAUCUAUCAAGCCCUACUGUAAAAUGAUAACCCAAGAACCAUUCAACCUAACAUGUGAUGUAGGCAGAGCUGCUGUAGCCCUGUGCAAUCUUCAUCAAUAUUCUAGUGAUUUACCAAUAGAAUACCAAUACUUUACUUCUCUACCUGGUGUUAAUGCGUCUAGCCUGAGUAGAUAUGGAGGAUCAUCAGUCUUUGCAGAUUUCUGUCCGUUUCAUCAGCAAUUUACCUAUCAGAUGGGAGAUGGAUCUUCAAACAAAGGCACGGUCUGUAGAGACCCUUUAAACCAUCCAGGUAUGACAGCCAAUCUUGCAGCUGAGGGUUAUGGUGAAGGAGCAUUGUGCAUAGACUCAGUGUCAGCAUGGAAGCAACAACAAUGUCAGAUGACACAGACACAAAAAUCAACUGGUGCUGGGUGCUAUCAGGUAGUCUGUGAUAGUAGAGGAUUGACCAUCAUCGUGGAGGGUAUGAACUUCAUCUGUACCUCUCCAGGACAGAUCUUGAAUGUUGGGGUAGCAUCCAAUCUCUAUCUACACACGGGGCAGCUGAUAUGUCCUGCAUGUGAAGAAGUAUGUGGGACUGACUGCCCAUCUUCACCAGUCAUUAAUGAACCAACACAAGGUAUACCAGGAGAUGUUGGAGAAUGCCCCAGAUUACAACCAGAUGUUGUAGGACAUUGUGCAUUAUACUGCACGUCUGAUACAGACUGUGAGAGAGGGGAGAAAUGUUGCUCUAACGGGUGUGGGCGUGUCUGUCGAAAGGUCAUCUUAAACUAUCAAACAGCUCCAGAGAUACCAUGCAGUGGCGGCAGCAAACCAGUAGUGGCUCCCCUGAUAGUCUUGUACCUCAUACCCUUGCUCAUCACACAGAUGAUGGAUCUAGUCUACUUAUAACAGCCUCACCUUAGAGUCCGAAGCAUUCCUGUUGUUAAACAACCUUUUGACACACAUAUCCUCUGUUUGGAACCAGAAAGGCUUUAAUGCUUUGUUGAAAUACAGUGGUGUUACUUUGUUUGUUCAAAACAACUCAAAUCUUGAAUUGUCAAAUGAUUUUGUAUUUUUUGUUAAAACUUUGAGUGAAGGUUUGUCACCAUGAUCUUUCUUAUAAUGUACAUUUAAGCCUUGUUCAGACACGACCCAAUAAACUACUUAGAUAAUGAUAUGCCACUGCAAAAUAAAACAAUUUGAUGUAAAUGAAGGGGAAAAAAGGGAAGACAAAGAAGUAGUUGCAGACCACAUAGGCUCAUAUUAAGCAUGCUCACUUUGUCUCUGUGUUAUAAGAUACAGAUAAAGUGAGGUGAACUUUACCGAUGCCAUUUAUUUUUGCCAUGGUGGGUUUCUAGGGCAGUUUAAUAGCAGCGUGUAUGAACGAGAUUUAUGACGAUUUAAA